CAUCCCAAAGAAGCCGUUAACGGUUCUCAGUUUCACACUCAAACUUUCUCUCUCCUCUCUGAAACACAAAACACACACACACAUACUCUCUCUCUCUCUCUAGUCUCUACAAACUCAACUGUUUCUGAAAUUGGAAACCCAAAACCCCUCUUGUUCUAAUCUUAGGGUUAGGGUUUCCCUCUCUCCAUUCUCAUGUAAAACCCUAACUCCAUCACCACCACCAGAACCGCAACCACCACCUCGCCGACGCCGGAAGUUUAAAAAUGGGCAACUGCUGCCGAUCUCCAGCUGCCGUUGCUCGCGAGGACGUGAAAUCAUCAUUCUCCGACCACACCAAAGGAAAACACACCUCCGCAGCCAGCGCCGCCGGAAAACAGAAAAAUGCUCCGAUCACGGUCCUCGCCGGCGUUCCCAAGGAGAACAUUGAGGAUAAGUACCUGGUGGACCGUGAGCUCGGGCGUGGGGAGUUCGGCGUGACGUACCUCUGUAUCGACCGGGGAUCAAGAGAGCUGCUUGCUUGCAAGAGCAUCUCGAAGCGGAAGUUGCGGACGGCGGUGGACGUAGAGGACGUGCGCCGUGAGGUGGCGAUCAUGCGCCACCUGCCUCGGAGCUCCAGCAUCGUGUCGCUUCGUGAGGCUUGCGAGGAUGACAACGCCGUGCACCUUGUAAUGGAGCUCUGCGAGGGUGGGGAGCUCUUCGACAGAAUCGUGGCCAGGGGGCGUUACACGGAGCGCGCUGCCGCCGCAGUUGCAAGGACCGUCGUGGAGGUUGUGCAGCUGUGCCAUAGGCAUGGUGUGAUUCACAGAGACCUGAAGCCGGAGAAUUUCCUGUUUGCUAAUAAGAAGGAGAAUUCGCCGCUCAAGGCUAUUGAUUUCGGGCUUUCCAUAUUCUUCAAGCCAGAAUCUGAACAAGGGGUUGCACAGGCUAUCCUCAGAGGGCUUAUAGAUUUCAAACGAGAACCUUGGCCGAGUAUUUCAGAAAGUGCUAAAAGUCUUGUUAAGCAAAUGUUAGAACCAGACCCUAAACUUCGACUAACUGCCAAACAGGUGCUUGAGCAUCCUUGGAUCCAAAAUGCUAAGAAGGCUCCAAAUAUUCCUCUUGGGGAUGCUGUAAAAUCAAGACUUAAGCAGUUUUCUAUGAUGAAUAGAUUCAAAAGAAAAGCCCUUAGGGUCAUUGCUGAUUUCUUGUCCAAUGAAGAAGUUGAAGACAUCAAAGAUAUCUUCAAAAAGAUGGAUACUGAUAACGAUGGUAUUGUUUCCAUUGAAGAACUAAAAGCUGGAUUUCAAAAUUUCGGAUCUCAACUUGCCGAGUCCGAAAUUCAGAUGCUUCUUGAAGCUGUAAAUACUAAUGGGAAGGGAACCCUUGACUAUGGAGAAUUUGUUGCAGUUUCCCUCCAUCUAAAAAGGAUGGCUAAUGAUGAGCAUCUUCGCAAGGCCUUCUCUUACUUUGACAAGGAUGGGAAUGGUUAUAUUGAACCAGACGAGUUACGGAAUGCUUUGAUGGAAGACGGGACAGAUGAUUGUGCAGACGUAGCAAAUGAUAUUUUCCAGGAAGUGGACACAGACAAGGAUGGACGCAUCAGCUAUGAAGAAUUUGUGGCUAUGAUGAAAACCGGAACAGAUUGGAGAAAAGCAUCUAGGCAUUACUCACGCGGGAGAUUCAACAGCUUGAGCUUAAAGUUGAUGAAGGACGGUUCUGUAAAUUUAGGAACUGAGCAGUUACUUGUUUGAGUGUUGGCCUUUCUCUUUCUAAAUAGUGUAAUAUUCCUUCUAUAUUCUAAACAUGGCUUCCCUGUGAUGAUUUUUUGGUUCCUUGUUAUAUUGGGUCUUUCUUUUCUGCUGCCAUGUGAAUCACAAAGUAAUGUGCAUUGUGCAUAGCCAGUUAUACAUGCACUUUGCUACUACGGUAAAACCAUGGUACCUUGGAGCCAAUGAUGUGACGUAUGCUUCUCCUCUCUUUAACCACACCCAUCUUGUUUAACAAUGGUAUCUCAAUUGUUCAAUGUGGCCAACGUAUGCUUGUCAACAUGCUAAUUUCAUGUACCUUUUAUUGAACUAUGAUUUGGUCAUUGUAUCCUAGAAAAAUAGCUGUUUACUAAAUUUUGAAUGUCUUGAUGAACGACCUAGCGAGAUAUACCAAUUCUGUGUCUGCUUCAUAAACCUGGAAUCAAUAUUGGUGUAUUCAUCAAAGGAAUAGGCAUGUCCGUGUCAUUGUUCAAUCAGAAAGGAAGAGCUUUGAGAGGUGUUACUUGA